AUGGAAGUUGGUUCGACAAUAGCAAAAGUUUUUAAACGUUUUACAAUACCCCGAAGUACAUCAGCUAUGGGUUCAUUUACAACAUCAAAUGGUACUGCAAAUAAUACAGAACCAAAUCCUGAAGAAACCACGACAGCUACACCCCCAACAUCAUCAUCAUCAAAUCAUAAACAUCCUCCACUUUCCUAUGUUCAAAAUAUUCGUUUGAUUCAACAGCACAAUCUAACUGAUUCAUCACCUCAACAACAUUCAACUACACCACCAUUACGUGAGAAUAUUUCAUCCGUUAUUGUUUAUCCAUCAACAGAUCAAAAUACAUCGAAAAAAAGCAAAAUUGAUACAACGAAUAAAAAAUCUAAUAUUACACAUGAUAUGAGUUUUGAUAAUAUCAAUGAAAUAUCUUUAGAAAGUAAUAAUGAUUCAACAAAUAAUGGACAUCAUCGUUCAUCUAUUAAAUCUUUAUUCACAAAAAAAUCUCAUAAUGCACCUUUAUCACAUUCUGUUAAUAUAACACCAAAACAAAAAAAAUCACGUACUUCAUUUCGUCCAUUUUCGAAUUUUCUUAAACGUAGUCAAAGUACAACUACAGAUUUAGCUACAUCUAAUAAUCAAUCAUCUACUGAUCAAUCUGUACCAACUAGAUCUUCUCAAGAAAAUGAUUUAACCUAUUUAACACGAUUAAAUACCAAUGCUGUAAAUAAUAAUAAUAAUAAUACAACUACUAGUACAGGACUAGUACCAAUAUCUGAAGAAGAUAAUCCAAUACAAAAUAAAUUAGAUAAAAUUUCUGUUGAUGUCAAUAAUAGUAAUUCAAAUCAUCAAGUUGAAACUAAUGUAUUAACUCAGCAACAAGUGUCAAAAACUAUCAAAAGUCUUAGUGCAUCAUCAUCAUCAUCACCACCUUCUGGUACAUCAUCGGUAUCAGCUACGAAAUAUCCUAAUGUUAAUAAUCAACCUCAACAACGAGAUGAAAUUGUUAAACCGUCCAAAUCUUCGUCAUCUAUGUUAUCACAUACUGGCACAGCACUUUCUAUUCUUCCUAAUAAUACGAAUCCUAAUAAAUCAUUUAUAUCUAAUUCAAUUAGUUUACAUGGAGAUAUUAAUAAUUUAGUAAAUAAUCAACAUUUGUCUACAUCGAAUACAAACAAUAGUACAGAACGAAUAUCUAUUCAUCAAACAAUGUCAUUGAGAGUUGAUGGUGAAAAUACAAAUGAAAAUCAGCAAGUAACAAAAGUUAAAAUGCGUGAUCAUAGUAGUAAAAAGAAGAAAAAUUCUCGUGCACUUGAAUCACGUAUAUCGUUACCACCUGAAGUUAAAAAUACUUCAAAUAAUGCAGCAAAUCAACCAUUUAAUGAUUUACAUAAUGUUCGAAUGAAAUUAACAAAACGUUCAUCGUAUUAUCAACCAGGUUCAGCAUCAAUUCACGGAAUUAAUGAUGUUUUAAAUCAAUCGAAUAUAUCUUUAUCACGUCUUUCACCACAUUCAACUGGACCAUUAAGUCGUAAUGAACAUCGACGUUCAAUGCUUGAUCUUGGUUUUGGUAAAAUUGAAUCAUAUGUUAAAUUAGAAAAAUUAGGAGAAGGUACUUAUGCAACCGUUUAUAAAGGAACAUCAAGUAUACUUAGUGGUUUUAUUGCAUUAAAAGAGAUUCGACUUGAACAAGAAGAAGGUGCACCAUGUACGGCAUUACGUGAAGUGAGCUUAUUAAAAGGACUUAAACAUAAUAAUAUUGUUUGUCUAUAUGAUAUUAUAUUUGAUCAUACAACAUUAACACUUGUAUUUGAAUAUGUUGAAAAAGAUUUAAAACAAUAUAUGGAAGAUUGUGCAAAUAUUCUUAGUAUGAAAAAUGUUCGUUUAUUUUUAUUUCAACUUUUACGUGGAUUAGAAUUUUGUCAUGGAAAAAAAAUUCUUCAUCGUGAUUUAAAACCACAAAAUUUAUUAAUUAAUGAACGUGGUGAAUUAAAAUUAGCUGAUUUUGGUCUUGCACGUAUUAAAUCAUUUCCAACAAAAACAUAUUCAAAUGAAGUUGUUACACUAUGGUAUCGACCACCUGAUGUUUUACUUGGUAGUACAGAAUAUUCUACACCAAUUGAUAUAUGGGCUGUUGGUUUUGAAGAAGAAUUAUAUUUAAUAUUUCGUUAUCUUGGUACACCAACUGAACAUACAUUACCCGGUGUAACAUCAAAUCCUGAUUUUCAAGCAUUAAGAUUACCUUUUUCGUUUGGUGAAUCAUUAAAUCGUUUAGCACCACGUCUUGAUCAAAGUGGAAUUGAUUUAUUACAAAAAUUCAUACGAUAUAAUCCACAUUCUCGAAUAUCUGCGCGUGAUGCAAUGAUGCAUAAUUUUUUUCUCAUGUUAUCCACCUGA